AGCUGAAAACAAAUUUGGGUAUCAAUUCAUUAGAUUCAAUAACUAGACCUAAUAAAAAUGUUACUGCAGGAUUGCCUUUGUCGCCUUUGGAAUCAAUGUUGAACAAAGCUCAGUCGACACUUGAUCGGGCCAUUUCACAAGAUCAGCAAAAGAAUGAUCAGGAGGCGUUGGAUUUAUACAUCGAGGCUGUAGAAUUGUUCAUAAAAGCAAGAAAUGAAACGCAGGAUGAAUCAUUUAAGUCAGGAUUGAACAUCAAGAUCAAGCAAUUACUUGAUCGUGCUGAAGAUUUGAAAGGGCUUCCAGCCAAGCCAAGGCAAACAUUACCCGUACAGUCAGCUAGUCCUAGAAAAUUGCCUACAUUUACGUCAUUGCAUUCAAAACUUACCGCUAAAGAAAUAGAGGUUCUCAAGAAUUCUUCAUAUAUUAACGAUAAAGUUUUUCUGCCAUGGUUGGAAAUUGAUCUACAAGAAAAGUUUGAAUAUGACGAACCUUUCAUAGACCCGGACGGGACGCUGCCCCUAUCCAAUUAUCAAAUGGCCAAUUUCGAUUCUUGGAAACGCCCCUCUGAAUUUAUGGAUAAACCAAAGAUGAUUGCAAUGAUCUCUAGCGAAACCAUUCGACAG